AUGGCUCAACGGUUAAGCGAACAACUUCAAUCCGUCAACUUUGAUAUUCCUCCAAAAAUAUUCCAAGAAAAGCAUGCUGUGCAUCGUUUCAAAAACAUCACUCCUGAAGGUCCAUCCUUACCAAGUACCCCAGGUCAUGAUCCUUCCAUGGACGGCGCUGUGAGUGCGACAGGACCCUUGUCCAGCUCAUCGCGUCAUUCGGUUGGUAGCUCUAAAUCUCAUACACCGGCCUCGUUAUCAUCUCAUGGUAGUUGCCAUGAGCAUUAUUCCUCUUCUGAAUCCAAACCUACCCAUGCCAUGCGUGAUUCCCCGUCUCCGUCCAGCUUCCAUCGAACCUGCACGCCUUCCCAGUUCAUUUUCAAAAAGCCAGAAUAUGACAGCCAUUACCAUCACACCCACUUUCACCAUCUAGAGAAAAAGGACACCAUUCUCAACGAUCUCAAACACUUUUUCAAAAAAAAGUCAAGAAAAAGCUAUAUCGAUGAUGAUGGCACCAGUGUCCGCAGUUCCGUCUCCAUGCACAGUGAUAUUUCCUUUGCCAACGAAUUCAACAAAGAUCUUGGAAAACGAUACGGCAAGUGGGGCCAAUUUGUGGGUAAAGGGUCUGGUGGAUCUGUGCGAAUUAUCCGUCGUAGUACCGAUGGCAAGACAUUUGCCGUGAAACAGUUUCGAAAACGGUUGCCUGGAGAGAAGGAAAAGGAAUACAUCAAGAAAGUGACGGCCGAAUUUUGCAUUGGAUCGACGCUGCAUCAUGCCAAUGUCAUUGAAGCUCUUGAUAUCAUACAAGAAGGCACCGCAUUCUAUGAGAUCAUGGAAUAUGCUCCCAAUGAUAUGUUCAGUAUCGUCAUGGCCGCCGAGAUGUGUCCUCUCGAAAUUGCGUGUUGUUGGCGUCAAUUGCUUAGUGGUGUGGCGUAUUUGCAGCAAAUGGGAAUCGCUCAUCGCGAUCUGAAACUUGAUAACAUGGUUCUGAACGAAAUGGGUAUCGUCAAGAUCAUCGAUUUUGGUUGUGCCACCGUCAUCAGAUAUCCUUUUGAAAAGGAUGUUCAUAUGAGUACAGGGAUUUGCGGGUCGGAUCCGUAUAUUGCUCCUGAACAGUAUACACAACGGGAGUAUGAUGCGCGAAAGUCGGAUUUGUGGUCCUGUGCGAUCAUCUUUAUUUGCAUGACGAUUCGUCGCUUCCCUUGGCGUUUACCUCGUCCUAGCCACGAUAAAUCAUAUGCCAAUUAUCUGACCCCACGUGGGCCUUCGCAAUUGAUGAAAGUCUUGCCGCGAUAUGCACGACCGGUCAUGGCCCGUAUGUUGGAUCCGGAUCCAACCACUCGAUAUACCCUGGAAGACGUGUUGAUGGACCCUUGGGUGUCUUCUAUCGAUGCAUGCGAUAGAAACGAAGCAAGUAGCUCCCAUUAUCACCAUCUUUUAUAUGGACCCACUUCCCAAGACCUGGACACCCGUCACAUCAUUGUUCUGCCUCCCCAACCCUCCGAGGAAAAACCACCCAAGCAAAAGCAUUAG